GUGGCAGUGUGCUGUAUUUGUUUCUUUGUCAUUCUUCCACUGAACCUCGUUGGUACAAUUCUUGGACGAAAUCUUUCAGGACAGCCCAAUUUUCCAUGUCGUGUCAAUGCGGUGCCUCGUCCCAUACCAGAGAAAAAAUGGUUCAUGGAACCAGCUGUUAUUGUUUGCCUAGGUGGAAUCCUCCCUUUUGGAUCAAUUUUUAUUGAAAUGUAUUUCAUUUUUACUUCAUUCUGGGCUUACAAGAUCUACUAUGUUUAUGGCUUUAUGAUGUUGGUUCUGGUCAUCCUCUGCAUUGUGACAGUUUGUGUGACUAUCGUUUGUACCUAUUUCCUGCUAAAUGCAGAGGAUUACAGGUGGCAGUGGACAAGCUUUCUUUCUGCGGCAUCAACUGCAAUUUAUGUUUACAUGUACUCCUUUUACUACUACUUUUUCAAGACAAAGAUGUAUGGCUUGUUUCAAACAUCAUUUUACUUUGGUUAUAUGGCAGUAUUUAGCACAGCUUUGGGAAUAAUGUGUGGAGCUAUUGGUUACAUGGGAACAAGUGCCUUUGUUCGAAAAAUCUACACUAAUGUGAAAAUUGACUAAGGAAAUAAGAAAAUUGAACUAUGGAUCAGUUCCUGUUUUCAUGGGGAUGAACUGGCACAACAAAAAGCGCGAGAAGAGAUUUGGGUUUUAACACUGGGCACUGUAUGAGUCUCCAUUUUGUGGAUGGCUUAAAGUAACAUCUAUUUCAUUGAUCCUAGGUUCUUACUGACUGCUUUCUCCAACUGUUCACAGCAAAAUGCUUGGAUUAUAUACAGUAGGCAUUACUACAGUACGUGGCUAAUCUUCCCCAAAAAAACAAAAAACCUAGCUCAUUAAAGAUGAAUAGACUAGCUCUCUUCAGUGAAGAGGACAAACGGUUUAUUUAAAGCAUUUGUUCCAUUCAAUAAAAAGAGGGAAACUUGGCUGCUAAAACUACUUGAUUAGUAGUCUUCCUGGUACUUAACAUUUCUAAAUUAUGUAAAAAUGCUGUUCCAGAAAGAUUACUCUUCUGAUUUUUACUGCCAUUGCCAGGGUAGGAGGUAUGUUUUGUAUUUUGACUCCAGGUGCUUUUUGGUUUAUUUGCGGUAUCAACUAUACCCUACACUCAUUUGUUUAAAAAAUAAUUUAAAAAUAUAUAAAAACCCCAUAUGCAUGUAAUAUAUCAGCUAUUGUUCUAGUUGGACCAACUUCCCUUUAUUUAUCUUUAAAGUAAUAUCCAGCUACAUUUUAAAUCCAUCCAAAGAAAAUACAGUCUGAAGACGGGAUGUGUUCUCUGCAAUGCAAUUUACUGUACAGUUAGAAAGCAAAAUGUUAAAUGAAGAGGAUUGUUUUUUAAUAAACACUUUGAGGUCUAGAUUAAAACAAAACCAACAUUUUAACUGAAUGUCUAAAGUGAUUCUCCUUUUUUCCCAGUUAGUAUUGCUUUUUUUUUUUUGGGUUUGAAUGAAGAUUUUUCUUUAGACAUCAUUAUACAAGGGGUAAUAAGUGUAUAUAACAUUAAAUAAUGUAACUUAGGUGUAGAUCCCAAAUGUAUUUGGAUGUACAGAUUUACUACAGAGUACUUUUCUGAUGAUUCGGUGUAAAAAUGUGUGAAUUUGGGUGGCUUUUUACAUCUUGCCUGCCAUUGCAUGAAAAGUUGGGGUUUCUUCACAAUGUGUGUAUGUUAUGCUUUUCUGUUCUAUUUCCUUUCUCAAGCUCUUACAGGAAUUAAAUUUGUAAUUUAGAACAUUUUAAUUUUUGUUAAUCCUAUCUGGACACUUGUGUAACAUCCGAAGCACAGUUGCUUUAGAGUGUUCAGAAAAAGUAAAAUAAACUUUUCAGACAAAAA